AUGAAAAUUAUUUAUAAAUUUACACAGCAAGUCCUCUAUCAGAAUAAGCAAUAUUCAAUACUCAAGCCAUCAUAAUUGUCAGUCCCCAAAGAUGCUUUCAUCGCCAAAGUCACUAACAAAGAUGGUAGCACAUCUCUCCAUGAUCUCAAUAGGGAAUUGAAAUAGGAUUGCACCAUUGAAUUUCUAGAUUUCUCUAAUCAAGACGCAAGAAGAGUCUUUUGGCAUUCAAGUGCUCACGUUUUAGGUGCCAUCCUCAGUAAAUUUGGAGCCGAGUUAGAAUUCGGACCAUCAACUGAAAAUGGAUUCUACUAUCAAUGCAAAUUGGAUAAGGAAAUUGAAUUAGAUUAACUUAACUAAGAAAUUGAGCAAUAUCUGAAAUAGAAAAAGCACCUUUUUGAAAUUUAAUCCAUAUCCCAGGAUGAAGCAUUAUAAUUAUUCAACAAGAAUGCAUAUAAGUUAAGCAAAAUUAAGUAGACAGCCUUCUAAAAUUAUCAAAUUUACAAAUUGGACGACUUUGUAGAUUUAUGUAAGGGUCCUCACAUUGAUCAUACAAAUCGUAUUUAUAAAUUGAUAAUCAAUCAUUCACAACCCUUCCAAAAUAGUUAUAGAUAUCAGGGUAUUGCAUUUCCAAAUUCAAAAUUAUAUUAAGAUUAUUAGAAAUAAAUGGAAUGUGAUCAUAGACAUAUUGGCAAACAGAAUCAUUUAUUUGUGUUUAAUAAAUUAGCUCCUGGAAGUGCAUUUUUCUUACCUCAUGGAACCAAGAUUUACAAUAAGCUUGUAGAGAUGAUUCGCAAAGAGUAUAGAGAGAGAGGAUAUCAGGAAGUCAUUACUCCAUAAUUAUUUCACAAAGAUUUAUGGAAACAAUCUGGUCAUUUGGAUAAAUAUGCAGAAAAUAUAUACAUGACUCAUGAUCAUUAAAUGGGAUUGAAGCCAAUGAAUUGUCCUGGCCAUUGUUUACUGUACAAAACAUUGCAGCACAGUUACAAAGAGUUGCCAAUUCGAUUUGCUGAUUUUGGUGUUUUACACAGAAACGAAGUGCAUGGAACUUUGACUGGAUUGACAAGGGUGCGUAAAUUCACAUAAGAUGAUGCUCAUAUAUUCUGCACGAUUGAACAAAUACAACAAGAAAUAAAAAACACAUUAGACUUUUUGAGUAAGGUGUAUGGUCGUUUUGGAUUUACUUGGGAAUUGACAUUGUCCACUAGACCUGAUAAGUAUAUAGGUGAUUUGUAGAUAUGGGAUGAGGCUGAAAGGUAAUUGAGAAUUGCACUGUCUGACACACCAUACACGGAGAAUCCUGGAGAUGGGGCAUUCUAUGGUCCAAAGAUAGAUGUAUUAAUAAGGGAUCAUAAUCAGAAGUAACAUCAAUGUGGCACAAUUCAAUUAGAUUUCAAUUUGCCAGAAAGAUUUGAUCUCACUUAUCAUCAUGAAAACGAUAAAUUUUCAAGGCCAGUAAUGAUCCAUAGAGCUAUUCUUGGUUCGAUUGAGAGGAUGAUGGCUAUCUUGACUGAGUAAUACAAUGGGAGAUGGCCAUUUUGGUUGUCACCCAGAUAAGUAUUGAUAAUUCCUGUGAGUGAAGUCUCAAAGUAGUAUGCGAAGGAGAUUUAUGAUUAAUUGUAUAAGUUAGGAUUCGAAGUGGAAUUGGAGGAUAGUGAGCAGACUUUGGGGAAGAGAAUUCGAAAGGGGGAGAUGUUGCAUUUCAAUUACAUUUUGACUUUGGGGGCCAAGGAGUAGGAGUCAAACACAGUUGAUGUCAGAGAGAGAGGGGAUAAUCACAAACAUUAAUCAAUGAAAUUAGAUGAGUUUAUAACAAAAAUUAUUUAAUUAUGA